GUAUAAAGUAACCCAUGAAGGAAGAUUCACUUUGUUCAUUUUCUCUUUCGAUAUCUUGAGAAUUGAAUAGAAGCCUAGCGAGGUUGGUCAGGCUGAUAUUGCUGUUACAAUGGCUGAUGAGUAUUCUCAAGAGGUCUGUAACUUAGAAAAUGGUGAAGUUAACAAGGACUCCACCAAGGAGAUUUUGACUGUGAAGACACCUCAAACGAUGUCGUCCUCCAUGUUGCGAAAGAAAUCGGAUCCCAUGCUUGUGUCAAAUGUUAAGUUCAAUAUGGUUAGACAAUUCCUCGCCAAUUUGCAAGAGGUUUUUCUUGGCACUAAGCUUGCUGUGCUCUUUCCUGCCAUUCCUCUAGCUGUAGUUGCAGACUUUUAUAAGUUUGGAAGGCCUUGGAUAUUUGCUUUGAGUUUACUUGGACUUACUCCUCUUGCAGAGCGUGUCAGCUUCCUCACUGAACAAAUUGCAUACUUCACUGGUCCAACGGUUGGGGGGCUUCUUAAUGCAACCUGUGGUAAUGCAACAGAGCUGAUAAUAGCGAUGUUUGCUCUUUACCGGAACAAAAUAAAUGUUGUUAAGUAUUCCCUCUUGGGUUCCAUCCUCUCAAAUCUCCUUCUUGUUCUCGGAACUUCUCUUCUCUGUGGAGGCUUGGCUAACCUCAAAAAGGAGCAAAGAUAUGAUAGAAAGCAGGCUGAUGUGAAUUCGCUUCUUCUGUUGCUGGGGUUGCUGUGCCACAUGUUGCCAUUGAUGUUUAGGUAUUCUGCACCACCAAGCACUUUCUCAGCCGACUCAACCCUUCAGUUGUCAAGAGCAAGCAGCAUUAUGAUGCUUGUGGCAUAUAUUUCAUAUAUUGUCUUCCAGCUCAAAACUCACAGGCAGCUGUUCGAAUCUCAAGAGGAAGAUGAAGAAGAAGAAAAAGCUGUGAUUGGGUUUUGGAGUGCGUUUAGUUGGCUGGUUGGUAUGACAGCUAUAAUUGCUGUGUUAUCAGAGUAUGUUGUGGGUACAAUUGAGGCUGCUUCGGAUUCUUGGGGCAUUUCUAUUAGUUUUAUCAGCAUAAUACUGCUUCCAAUUGUGGGCAAUGCUGCUGAACAUGCUGGAUCAAUCAUAUUUGCUUUCAAAAACAAGCUGGACAUCUCUUUGGGAGUUGCUCUAGGAUCUGCUUCUCAAAUUUCCAUGUUUGUGGUUCCCUUAUGUGUGAUCAUUGCCUGGACAAUGGGAGUGUACAUGGAUCUUGAUUUCAGUCUCCUUGAAACUGGUUCUCUUGCCUUCUCAAUUAUUAUUACAGCCUUCACUUUGCAGGAUGGCACUAGUCAUUACAUGAAAGGAGUGAUUCUCUGCCUCUGCUACAUUGCCAUUGCUACCUGCUUUUUUGUUCACAAAAUUCCACAAAGCGAAAGCACUGACGACUUUGGAGCUAAACUGUCAGUCGGAUUCAUGGCAGCUUAGAGGAUGUUGCAUUGUUUAAGAAGCACACUGAGAGACUUUGCAGGUUUUCAAUUUGUUAAACAACUUUAUUUGGAGAAGAAAGAGUAAAAUGUUUGUAUAUAAAGCCUUCUCUAAUGCCUUAAAUUUGUAAUAAUGUUGUUGCUUCAAAUUUCCCCAUAAAUUGUGGCAAUAAAAGUCCUGAAUUUUCACA